AUGGGCUUCCACAAAUCAUCCAUGGACAUCAAGCUCAAGGAUGGACACGUCCUCACUGCUUAUUGUCGUCGGCUUUCUGGGGAAGCAACCUACUCAGAACUAGACCUGGACGAGUUCCUAGGAACGAAGAAAGGACAAUUUGCCUGGGGAUGCACCGGCUUUUCCACCCACUCCUCCGAUAUUGAUUUACAACUGGAGGGACCCUCCAAUGAGCCGAUGCUACGCGCACAGCUUGAUGAUGGAAUUGGAACCUCACGGGAAGGCGAGGUGAAUUUGGGCGCUUGUAUCAAAAAUGAAGAUGGGCACUUGCGCUUCAUGGAAUGUUUUUAG